CCCCUCGUCUCCGCCCUAGCGCCACUGAGCCACUCGACGUCGAGAUCGAGACGACCCGAGUCCGCCGCGCCCGUGCACCACCGACCGUCGAACUCCCGAAAGUAACUCUAUUUCUUGAUCAACAUCAACAUGUCGCGGGAGGAUAAUGUUUACAUGGCCAAGCUGGCUGAGCAAGCAGAACGGUACGAGGAAAUGGUUGAGUACAUGGAGAAGGUGGCUAAGACCGUAGAUGUGGAAGAGCUCACCGUUGAGGAGCGGAACCUCUUAUCUGUUGCCUACAAGAACGUAAUUGGGGCCCGCCGUGCCUCAUGGCGCAUUAUCUCCUCCAUCGAGCAUAAGGAGGAGUCCCGUAAGAAUGAGGAACAUGUUAUUCAGAUCAAGGAGUACCGUGGCAAGAUUGAGGCUGAAUUGAGCAACAUUUGUGAUGGUAUCCUGAAGUUGAUCGACUCUCACCUUGUGCCUUCCUCCACUGCUGCAGAGUCGAAGGUGUUUUACCUCAAGAUGAAGGGAGAUUAUCACAGGUACCUUGCUGAGUUUAAGACUGGUGCUGAGAGGAAGGAAGCUGCAGAGAGUACAAUGAUAGCUUAUAAGGCAGCUCAGGAUAUUGCGUUGGCGGAACUGGCAUCUACUCAUCCCAUAAGACUUGGACUUGCACUUAACUUCUCAGUUUUCUAUUACGAGAUUCUGAACUCUCCAGACAAAGCUUGCAACCUUGCCAGGCAGGCGUUUGAUGAGGCUAUUUCUCAGUUGGAUACGCUUGGCGAGGAUUCAUACAAAGAUAGCACCUUGAUCAUGCAGCUCCUGAGGGACAACCUAACCCUAUGGACCGCUGACAGCACAACGGAGGACGGCAUCGAGGAGGGCAAUGAGGCCUCGAAGGGUGAUGCUGGUGAGGGUCAGUAGUCUGGUAAAACCUCGAUUGAUGGUUCGGCAUGUUUUUGAAGUCUACUGUGUUGGAAACCAUGUUCUAAUAGAAGGCGUCUCCCGCUCCAUGCAUUCCAAGAUUCUGUCCUCCCCCUCCCUCCCCCCAUGUUGUAGGCUGGUAGUGGUCAAAUUAGUUGGCCCUGGGUCCAUUUGGACUGAUGUAUUGUUUACUGCUAUUGAAGUCAUUCGUUCUCGUUUUGCUCU